CGUGUUCACUUUCAUUUUUGCUUUUCCUUUACUGUUUCUCUCUCUGGUUUCCUCCAUUGCAAACCAAGCUUUCCAGCUUGCUGAGGUCCCUCUCUCCUCCAUCUAUAAACACAUAUACAAAACCCACCAACCAUUUUACCCACCUUUGCUUUUCUGUCCUUAAAUCCACCCCAUCUCUCUCUCUCUCUCUCUCUCUCUCUCUCUCUCUCUCUCUCUUCACUUUCCCUUCUUCAAAGAUUAGAUUUUUGUCUGGCCUUCCUCACCAUUCUUUUUUUUUUUUUAAUCAUUCUCUGAAUUCUUUUUGGCCCACCUGAGGCCACAAUCCCUACUUGUAAACUACUCCUCUCCAACUGUAUUUUCUGGGGCAUCUGGGUUUUUGUAGCCUUGUUUUGUUUGAGGUCUGCAUUGUUCUAUCUAUGCUUAUUGAGUCUCUGUUGGUUCGAAAAGAAGCCCUUCCUUUGCUUAUCUGGGUGCUCAAGGAAGAAGAUCAAGGGGGUUAACUUAGAUCACCAUAAAAGGUGGGUAUGUCUCUUUGGUACGGAAACUAAGCAGAUCAAGUCGGCUGUGAGUUUGAGAAUUCGCGGGGGCAUCAGAUAUGUCGUCUCAGAGUUCUUUGAAUACAGAACUAUCGAAAAAGACAUCAUUUUUGGGUUUGAAACUAUGGGUUUUGAUUUGCAUAUGUGUUGGUGCGUUUAUUGUUUUAAUUCUUUGUAUCUUAUCUGUAUGGGUCACAUUUCGGAGGAAGUCUAGGAGAUCCAUGGACAAAUUCUCUCUUUCCCAAAUACCCAAUGUUUCAAAAGAUAUCAAGGUUGACAGGGUUGGAACUCAGAGUUCUCAUGAAAGUUUAUUUCUUUCAAUCCAUGAUAAGUCAAGUGAUAAGAAUUCCGAGAAAACAUUAGUUCAUAUGGCCCCAAGCAAAUCGAGCGAUCCUGAUAACAUCAGUCAGUGCAGCUCAACUUAUCAUCAUGAGAGAGGGUUAAGUUCAAUGUCAUGGGAAGAAGGAAGCUCUGGGACUGCUAGGAAGCAGUCUUCAUUGUCGUAUGGAGGACCUGUGACAGCCUCUCCUUUAAUUGGCUUGCCAGAAAUUUCUCAUCUUGGGUGGGGCCACUGGUUUACUCUUAGGGAUCUAGAUUUUGCAACAAAUCGAUUCUCUGCAGCAAAUGUGCUUGGUGAGGGUGGAUAUGGGGUUGUUUACAAGGGGAGGCUGAUUAAUGGAACUGAGGUGGCUGUGAAGAAACUUCUUAAUAACUUGGGGCAAGCGGAGAAAGAAUUCAGGGUUGAAGUUGAGGCCAUAGGCCAUGUUCGUCAUAAGAAUCUUGUUCGACUCCUGGGCUACUGCAUUGAAGGAGUUCACAGGAUGCUGGUGUAUGAAUAUGUGAAUAAUGGGAACUUAGAACAAUGGCUACAUGGGGCAAUGCGCCAACAGGGCACCCUUACUUGGGAGGCACGCUUGAAGGUGAUCCUUGGUACUGCUAAAGCGCUUGCUUAUUUACAUGAAGCAAUAGAACCAAAAGUUAUUCACCGAGACAUAAAAUCAAGCAACAUUCUAAUUGAUGAUGAGUUUAAUGCCAAGGUUUCUGAUUUUGGAUUGGCAAAACUCUUGGAUUCUGGAGAAAGUCACAUCACGACUAGAGUAAUGGGAACAUUUGGUUAUGUGGCACCAGAAUAUGCAAAUACUGGCUUGUUGAAUGAGAAGAGCGACAUUUAUAGCUUCGGUGUCCUCCUUCUAGAAACAGUUACAGGAAGGGACCCUGUGGACUAUGGCCGGCCUGCUAAUGAGGUUAAUCUUGUUGAGUGGCUAAAGAUGAUGGUAGGAACAAAAAGAGCUGAGGAAGUUGUGGACCCAUACCUUGAAGUUAAACCCACCACACGUGCUCUAAAACGUGCUCUUUUGGUAUCACUUAGAUGUGUUGAUCCUGAUUCAGAUAAGAGACCCAAAAUGAGUCAGGUUGUACGCAUGCUUGAAGCUGAUGAGUAUCCACUUCGUGAGGAUCGAAGGAACAGAAAGAGCCGUUCAACCAGCUUGGAAAUUGACUCCAUGAAGGAAAUUUCUGGUCCAGCUGACUCUGAAAACAAGGCAGGGGAUACGGAGAGCCAUGUGUCUGAGACAUCCCAUGCGUAGGACUGACAAACGUUUUAUUUAGGUGAAUUAUUGCAUUCUCUCAGCCAGACAUAAGCCUUUCGGUAACUCCUCAAAUACUACAGAUCUCUAAGUUUGUUUUCUGGAAAAAAGCUUUUAGUUUUAUUGAAGGAAUUGAAUUGGCGAUAGCCCUGAAAGAGCAUGAAGGUUUGGCUGUGUGGCUAUUCAAGGAUUGAUAGAAGCUGCCUUCAGACCCAUAAACAUGUCUAAUGAGAGAGAGAGAGAGAGUGAGAGGGGGAGAGGGAGAGAGAGAGAGAGAGAGAGAGAGAGGGGUUCUUGUUGUACAGUCGUGUUUCAGACUGGUGAGCUGUCUGUUCAAUACAUGAUUGUAAUAUUUUCUUUUUUCUUUUAUUUUCUCUUGAUUACCACUAUUGAAUGACUCUUACUUGUUUUC